AUGUUGGCUUUCUCUCCUCACCACAAUUUCUUUACCAUGCCAACAGCAACAUCAGGCCAUGCAAAGGAUAAUACGUGGCGUAUGGAGAACUGUCCAGCAGAUUCUGUGACACUUGGAAAAGCAGCUUGGACAUUAUUACACACAACCGCAGCUUAUUACCCUGAUCGACCAGCACCAUCACAAAUGGAUUCAAUGCGAGCAUUUAUGACUUCAUUUAUAGACAACUAUCCAUGCUUUAGCAGAGAAUUCAAACAAUACAUGAUCGAAGAGCCUAUUCGAGUAGGUAGCAGAAAGAAAUUAAGCGAAUGGCUUUGUAGACAACAUAACAAAGUCAAUGAGAAGCUUGGAAAACCUGCAUUUGAUUGUAAAGUUGUGUUUGAUCGUUGGUUGCAAGGGUCCUGUAAAGAGUGCGAUCAAUGA